AUGCGUAGAUCGGGCAGAGGCAGUGCCGUGCGGUGGUCCUCGUUAUGCAAGUGCCAGUGCUGUUUGUACCGCACGCCACUCGGUGGAACUUACUUCGAGCAAGCGCUGCCUCGGUCGUUGGGUGCCAGACAGGGAAAGGGCGUUCUCAGUACUGUCAACACGGCAUUGUCCAGGAAGGCCCUGAAGCGGCGGCAAUCCUUGCCACGGAAGAAGCUCAACGUCCCCCUCACAGCGGAGGGGUUGAAGGAGCGACUCAAGCAGCUGUCCGCAGAGGAGAGAGAACUUAGUAUCAAAAACAACACAGAGGAAUGUGAUGAACCCUCACCUAACGAGUUUACAACCACUCAUGAAGCUCGUGUGGCGCUGGCGAGGGUGUUGCACCACGGAGAGAACGCAGGCGAAAGAGAAGAGGUGGCGAUGCGCAUACCCAGUUUCUGUCGUUCCCCGGCUGUUAGUGAGACACAGUCGAUUGUAGUUGAUGACAAAGAGGGCGAUAUCACGAAUGCCGCAGUCCACGUCGGGUGCAGCGUGCUCGGAAGUGACCUAGACCACCUGGAGCGAGAUAUGAUACGUGACUACCAUCAACGCGGAAAGAAGCUCCCAACGUUUGACAAUAUCUACAGGACUUUAGGUUGCGGACGCAAAGGGACGUCGGUGUCAGAUACGGAGCCGGAAAAUGAAAAUUCCAGUGGGGCGAUUCAAAGCGAAUCUGGACUAGGAGAUGCAGGGCGAAGGGGGACAGUGGUUGUUGCACCUUCGCACCUUCACCACUCUAGACCACCAACCAAGGGACGAAGUGGUAAAGAGGAGGAGGAGGGUGGGUAUUUUGAUACAAAUACGCUACCGGCGGAUGCGAAUCCACACUUUCCUCCCGGGGCAUGUGACAAUGAAGUCCUUGCGCCUCUGAGCGGCGGAUGUGCAGCUUCGGAGCAAAGCGAAAUAACCGACACUGCUUCCUUUAUUCCAAGCAACAGCAGGCUCUCCACGGCAGUUUACGAUGCUUAUAGGCAACGGCCGGCUGAUGAUCGUCUGGUCGUGCUACGGGGAACUGAUUUUUGGGAUAACGAAGAAAACCGAGCACGUCUGCAAGAGCUGACGGAUUAUGCCGAAGAAGACUUUGCACGCGAGAUGCUGAUGGAAGGCGCGAUGGACACUAGUGAAGUUGGUUACUCCACCAACAAGGUACGAAAAGAAACGCUGCUGUACUUUCAGGCACACCCCAUUAACGAAAUGAUUCAAGAACCGUUUGCGCGCGUGCGGAGCAUUCUCCCAAGCGACGGUGGACCGGAAGUACAUUUCCCGGCCGAUGACCCCGAUACAGAUGUUGAUAUUCCCACCGCCCAAGCGCGGACCAUGGCUCGCGAACUCGGCCUCGCCCUCAUUCGGGUAGGUACACUGUAUACACCCAUAAAUGACAGGCGCGUGGUGGCAGUAUGCACUAUCGCUGAUCAUCGAGAGCAUAUGAGGGACAUGAUUCGAUUCAAGAUUAAAAAACUUGGGGUGCAGCGGCCGCCAACAAAGGAGGGUAUUGAAGUACCUUUCCGAGGUGGCACUCAUCCCCAUGCAGUGCGCUUUAAGAGUAUCGGGAUUGCAAAGCAUCUACUCCUGGGCCAUGUGGUGCGCAUUAAUCUCACGGACUUCGGCACGGUUCGUGAAGGCUUCCCCGUCUUUGGGAGCAUUCUUGACGAGGUUGCGCGACAGGCCCUCCAACUGCGUGCUUACCACACCGCUGGCGUUGUGCGCGCUAACUAUAACGAAGUUUACUGUUAUCUUUACCCAUCAACGGGGCGUUCGCCCAAGUCAACGGUUUUGCAUCCCACGCAAGAACAACUAGCCACAGUACGUGAUCGGUGUCUUCUUGAACGAGAACGUGAAGUGUACUUUGAUGGCCUAUACGAUAAGAAGACCCCCCGAGAGCGGCUAACCUACAUGAGGAAGCUGCAGGACGGCACGGCGUGGGCUGAUAGGGACGAUGGCCUCUCACUGCAACGCCAGCGUGAUAUGAAGGUAAUGUUGGGAUAUUUACCAAAGGGAAAUCACGAACUCUACGCCGCCCGUGGUGAUGUGAAUGUCCCUGCUCCCUUUCGGGCGAGCCACCCCACAUCUGUCGACCGCUGGACGCACCCACAAGAAUCUAACUUGGAGCAGGCGGCGCGUGGGUCAGCUGUGCUUGCUAAGCGGCUUUCCAUGACAGUAAGCGAAAUGCACGACCGUCAGGAAACAGCUGAAAACCCAGCAACGUUGGACCGUUUCUACUAUCGCAUACAGGGUCCAGCCCUGGAGGCUGGUGAGUUGAAGGAGGCUCUAGGAUUGAAAGGCAACCGCAAGCGGCUACCCCGGCGUGCCCCAGGCUGGGCGACGCUGGGAAUGGAGAAGGUUUCCCCUCAAGAACCGGGGCACGCGGCCAAGUAG